GUCUGUGUUUAUUUUAUCUUUGUUUUUGAAUUUGCUUAAUUUUUAUUGAAUAUAUCAAAAAUUAUUGAAAAUCUAAAUAAGUGGAAUGUGCACAAUUUAAAAAAUAAUUAUGAAUGACAUAUUUACUUUGUCGAACUAUUUCGACUAUACUUCUUUAAUCAAUGAACCACUCAAACAUACGCAAAGGAUUAAGUAUACUUGCUUUGACGCAUCACCAAAAUACUUCAUUUUCGGAGCCACGUCUGGUAGUUUAUAUUUAUUCAAUAGAAAACCCGGAUUUUGUAAAUUUUUGCAUUUGAUUCCAACAAAAUAUGGACCAAUUAACCAAGUUUUGAUAUCCCCUGGGGAAAAGUUAGUGGCUUUUGCUACAACUAAGGGCGUAAUUUGUGUUUAUGUUAUUAAUUUAUCAGCUAAUUCUCCGCCUCAGAUAAUUACUACAGGAUUUAAUUCAGAAAUAUCGCAAAUAACUAGUUUGCACUGGCAUGCUGAUGAACGGCAGUUUUAUUUUGGUGACAAAAAAGGUCAAGUGAAUUUAGUAACUCUGACAUAUUUUAUGGGAAGAACACUGCUGAAUUUGUCAGUACAUCCAAUAUUGUUUUUGGAAUCUCCAGUUGUUCAAAUAAGUGACUUUGAAUCUCUGCUUUUAAUUUCAAAUAGCACCAAAUGUAUUUUAUGUAAUACUGAAUACGAAGAAUAUAAACAAAUAGGUAAUAGACCAAGGGAUGGUGACUAUGGGGCUUGUUUUACUAUAUCAUCAAAUGAAAAUGUUUUUCCUUCCCGUAUAUAUUGUGCAAGACCAGGAUCCAGGAUAUGGGAAGUUGAUUUGGAGGGAAAUGUGCUAAAAACACAUCAAUUUAAACAAGCUUUGGCUUGUCCACCGAUUAAUUUUCCUAAAAUUUACACUUCAUCUACUACAAGUUCAAUUAUGCCGUCAAAAGAUGAAAGAAACAAGUCAGAAGAAAUAGCCGAUAACGAUAGUGAUUAUCAAAAUAAAGAAGUAAUUGAAUCUGGUGACGAAGUUGGUACUAUAGAUGUUGUUGAGUAUUAUCCUCAAAAUUUACAAUUUGCAAAACUUCAAACUAUAAGAGGUGAUUUCAUAUUCACAUACACUGAUAAUGGAUUAUAUAUAUUUGAUAUGCGGCAAUCAAAAGUUGUUUUGUGGUCAAACCGUUUUGAUAGGAUAGCAGAUUGUCGAAUUGUUGGGGUAGAUGAAAUACUUGUUUUUACAGUUGGAGGUUUUAUUUAUUCUAUGCGAUUGCAAAUUUUACAAACUUUAGCUGUGGAGUUAGUUCAACAAGCCAAAUAUUUGGAAUGUAGUUGGUUAAUGAAAAAAAAUUUAAAGUAUUUUGCUGAGAAAGCUAAAGAAGACUACGACUUAGUACUAUUAAAUGAUAUUAAGAGUUAUUUAAUGAACACCAAUCAAUAUGAACUGUUAAAUGAUUUGUCAGUUAUAUUUGAUAGUAUAACACAAGCUGAAAAUGAGUUGAGUAGUGGGAGUGGAAGUGGAAGUAUACCCAUUGAUAGAAGAAGUAACAGUAGCAAAAAAAGUGGAAGUAGUAAUAACAAAACUGAUUUGGAUCAACAGAGCAUUAAUAGUACGCUAAAUGGAAGUGAGAACGGUGUUUAUAUUUUAGAAAAUGCAUUUUGUGAUAAUCUAAAACUUAAUUCAGACCGUGAAAAACAUUUUAAAGACGCACUUUUAACAGUGACUGGAAAAUUUGGCAAAAAUAUUAUCAAAUAUAAAUUUAACAUAUUUAGUGAUGAACAAAAAAAACUAGUAAAUGACUUAAUACCAUCAUCAGUUUCGGCAGUAAAAUCAGUUGUAUCCACAGCUUCUGGUCAAACAGGUAGUUCAAACAAUCAGCUUAAUUCAGAAAUUAUUUCGUCAGAAGAAAGAGAUUUACAUUAUCAAAAUAUCAAUUUUACUAUGGAUUCUAAAGAUGAUGAAGAAAUCGUUGUGAAAAAAUCGUCUCGAAAAGUGGCAGCGACAUCUGAUAAUGACACAAUCAAUACCCUUGCUAUAACUAAUGAAGAGAAAACCAUUUAUAAUUUAUUUUUAAUAUGCCGAUCUUCAAAAAUAAGUAAUACAAAUUUUUUAGAUCGGUACAGUUGUGUAUUUGAUUUGUAUACUUCAAAUGAAAUAAUAAAUAUACUUAAUAAAUUGGAAAAAGUAAUGCGGGAGCAUGGUGAUGCAGAAAUAGAUGCAAAAGCUAAUUGCUAUGAAAUGUACUUUAAUUAUUUAAAACCAGAGUUAAUAUAUGAAUUUGACAAAGAGUCCCUGGAAUACAUAAUUAAUGGAUUUUGCCUCUUGAAUACGCAAACAUCAACACCUAGUGGUUCGACUCAAAAUCAAACAAUAAUUAGAUGUGAUUCCUGUGAUUUUCCUGUACGUUUUAGUAAUAGCUGUCGUUAUCAUGAGCUUGGUGAGGUCUUAUUUAAAUUUUUAUGGUCACGUAAUGACCAACAACGCUGUUUUGAUAUAUUAAAACAAGUUCCAGCAAUGUUUGAUGUUAUUUGUCGUUUUUAUAUAACUGAUAUGAAUUUUGCAAAAGUGAUUCCAAUUUCAUUAAAUUAUUGCUCAGCACCAGUUUUUGAAGAAGCUGCAAAAUACUAUGAUAUAACAGCAUGGAAUAAAUGUUUCGAAAUAUUUGCAAUGAUACAAAAAGGACAAUUUAAUUGUAUUAACUGUGAAAAAGUUGUUAAUAUUAAUGUUGAUCGACAUUUCUUUUACACGUGGAAUUGUUUCUUAAAUUUAGCUCUACAAUUUUUAGAUUCCGAAAUAAUUUUAGAUUAUAUAGAAAAUUAUGCUCAUCUUAUACCAAAUGACGCUAUAGAUAAAGAUUUUUACCUUAAAUGCUUAGCAAAUGCUUCUAUUGAUUAUGAUCAUGAAUAUAGUAACGAUUCAUUUUACUAAAUAUUUUCGUAUAUACAUACAUAUGCUCAUAUAUUUACAAAUAUUGUAUUAAAUCAAUAAUUUAUUAAUUGAUAAUGCUAUUAUUAAAUAAUUAGAUAUUUAU